GAAUCCAGGUGUAAGCUCCUCAUCCAACAAGCUACUCCUGGGCUGGCUUGAUGUGCGCGAACACGUACUUUCUUUCUCUUUUUCCUCCAUGCAAAUUAAUAUAAAAGAGAAGGAAGAAGAGCUCUCUGAAUCUCUAACACAUUUGUAUUCUCAUAUCGAUCAAUCAACAUCUUUUCUUGACCAUGCACUCCAAUCUUCUCUUUCUCUCUACUCUCUUUUAUCUGAUCCUCUCAAGUUUUUCCACUUCAAAUCUCAUCCCUUACCAAUCUGACAUCUCAAUCCUAGACUUUGGAAGGAUAAUAGAAGAGAACCCAAUUGCAAUCCUCAACCCAAAAUCACCACAAGAAAUCUCUCUACUCAUUCAGUCAAUCUUCUCCAAAAACACAAAGAACAUACAAGUAGCACCAAGAGGAGCUGCUCAUUCAACCUAUGGGCAAUCACAAGUGUUAGGUGGCAUCAUCAUCAACAUGACUCUCCUUCCUACCUUCAUCAAGGUUGAGAAGGAGAAGGAGUUCGUCGACGUCGGCGGCGGCGAUCUAUGGGUCGAUGUCUUGCAUGAGACAUUGAAGCAUGGACUGACUCCAAGAUCUUGGACUGAUUAUUUGUAUCUCACCAUUGGAGGAACUCUUUCUGUUGGUGGAAUCAGUGGUCAGUCAUUCAAGCAUGGACCUCAGAUUUCAAAUGUCCUAGAAUUGGAUGUGAUCACAGGUAAAGGAGAGUUUGUAACUUGCUCUGAAGAAAAAGAUUCAGAUCUUUUCUAUGGCGUAUUGGGAGGAUUUGGACAGUUUGGAAUCAUAACAAGAGCAAGAAUCAUAUUACAGUCUGCACCAAAGCUGGUGAAAUGGGUCGUAAUAUCAUACAAGAGCUUUGAACAGUUCAGAAAAGAUCAAGAGCUUCUGAUCAAUGGAGGAGAGGUAGAUUACCUGGAAGGAUUCAUAAAUUUGCAGAGAAGGAAUUCGUCAGAGGAUAAAUUAAAUGAUUUAGUCUCCUAUUUGAUCGAAUUUGCUGUAUAUUAUGACGAUGAAGAUGUUGCCUACAAGAAACUGAAUCACAUCCUCCCAAGAUUGAACUAUAAGGAAUCAAGGCCAGAGAUUACUGAUACUUCAUACUUCGACUUCCUCAAUCGUGUAAGGAAGUCCGAGCUGGAGCUGAGUAAGGAAGGCCUAUGGAAUGUGCCUCAUCCAUGGCUUAACGUAUUUCUUCCGAGAUCUCAGAUAAAGAGGUUCAAGGACUUGCUACUAGAAACCAUUGCAGAUACAUACACUUCUGGUCCUAUUAUCAUCUAUCCGAUCUUUAGAAACAAGUGGAAUCCAAAGAUGUCAGCUGUGCUACCACAGGUAGAUACUGAGGAAGAUAUAAUAUAUGUUGUUAGUGUUCUUCAGUCAGCACCACCAACCUGUACUCGUGGCACUCCCUGCCUUGAUACAAUGCUUCUUCAGAACCAGAAGAUCAUCAAUAUUGCGACAACUGAACCCAUAGUUCAUAAUCUUCUUCUUCCUGCUGAGUGUGUAAUGAAUGAGGAUAGGGAAGAGAUGGGAGCAAAACAAUAUAUGCCAUAUCUUCAGAAUGAGAUGCAAUGGAAGGCUCACUUUGGUUGGAAAUGGGAGAGGUUUCAGGAUCUGAAGAGAAGGUUUGAUCCCUUACAUAUACUGGCACCUGGCCAGAGGAUCUUCCAAAAGAAAUAACUGGGAGAUAUAUACCCUUUAGAUUUCCUUUUGCAAUCGAUGUAGUGUUUAUAUGAAAUUCAUAUUUCAUGGAGGAGAUGGAAUGAUGAAGAAAUUAGCCAGUAAGGUUUGAUCAAAGCAAUACUAUUUGUCAAAUAGUUUGUAAAAUUUGAAAAGAUUUACUUUUCCGUUGAAUAUACAAAGCAAAGUUUCAGAAGUGUUGAAAAAAAAAA